CUUUUCUAGUCUAUAGUGUCCGGUGGAUCACUCUCAAAAUCACCUUCACAAAGUCAGAAGCUCCCUCUGAGACUGGUGAAUACCCUAUCCAAUGGCGAAGAAGAACGUCCUUCUACUAUGUGGCGAUUACGUCGAAGACUAUGAGGUCAUGGUACCGUUUCAAGCAUUACAAGCAUACGGAGUCUCCGUCGACGCUGUUUGCCCCGGAAAGAAAGCCGGAGAAAUUUGUCGAACAGCUAUUCAUCAAAAUUCUGAUCAUCAGGAGGCUUGUCAGAUGGAGGGCUAUUACUGGCUAUUAGCCAGUUUUAAGCAUCUUUAUGGGUUUCGUUCAGUGACCUUGCAUCUGUCUCUGUGAGAACUUCUUUCUUUCUUCUUAGUCCACAGCGUAAUUCAUUAUCCCUUUAUCAAUGAUCACAGACCUACUCUGAGUCGCGAGGUCACAACUUCACUCUCAAUGCGACGUUUGAUGAGAUUGAAGUUAGCAAAUAUGAUGGACUGGUAAUACCAGGAGGACGUGCUCCAGAAUAUCUUGCCAUGAAUGAAUCUGUCACUGACUUGGUGAAGGAAUUUUCCAGCUCUGGCAAGCCAAUUGCCUCUAUUUGCCAUGGGCAACUGAUCUUGGCUGCUGCAGGAUCGGUAAAAGGUCGGAAGUGCACUGCCUUUCCUGCUGUGAAACCAGUACUCAUUGAUGCAGGAACUCAUUGGGUAGAACCAGAGACCAUGGCAUCUUGCACUGUUGAUGGCAAUCUCAUAACUGGAGCAACAUAUGAUGGGCAUCCUGAAUUCAUCCGGCUUUUUAUCAAGGCACUAGGAGGCAACAUAACUGGUUCUGAUAAACGGAUUCUAUUCCUCUGCGGGGAUUACAUGGAAGACUAUGAGGUAAUGGUUCCUUUCCAGUCCCUUCAAGCUCUUGACUGCCAUGUUGAUGCUGUUUGCCCCAAGAAGAGGGCAGGUGACAAAUGCCCAACAGCUGUCCAUGAUUUUGAAGGUGAUCAAACAUACAGUGAGAAGCCUGGCCAUGAUUUCACCCUCACAGCUAGCUUUGAAGGUUUGGAUGCUUCAAGCUAUGACGCUCUCGUGAUCCCUGGAGGCCGAGCUCCAGAAUACCUAGCACUGGAUGGGAAUGUUAUCAAAUUGGUGAGGGAUUUCAUGGAGUCUAAAAAGCCAGUAGCAUCCAUUUGCCAUGGGCAGCAGAUUUUGGCUGCAGCUGGUGUUCUCAAGGGAAGGAAAUGCACUGCGUACCCUGCUGUUAAACUCCAUGUGGGAAGGAAAUGCACUGCGUACCCUGCUGUUAAACUCCAUGUGGUUUUAUCCGGAGCAACAUGGUUGGAACCCGACCCAAUACAUAGAUGCUUCACCGAUGGGAAUCUGGUGACUGGAGCAGCUUGGCCCGGUCAUCCCGAGUUCAUCUCUCAGUUUAUGGAGCUGCUUGGUGUUCGGGUUUUGUUCUAG